AUGCGUGAGGAUGGUUGGAAAAUUGGCUAUAGAUCACAGUCUUACGUCUAUAUUACGCCGAUUCAAUUACGUGAACUCUUGAAUUACAUUUGGAAUACUUUCCAUUGUCCUCCAUUUGUUGCUGAGUUUGGAUUCCCCGAAUGGAGAGAAGGUGAGAAGGAACUUGGCGAUCAAUUAUAUGAUUUAAAUAGAUCUAUCUAUUACCGGUCAUUUAUGCAAGAAAUCUUACAUGCAAUUCAUUAUGAUCAAAUUCCUGUCAUAGGAGCGCUAGCAUGGUCUUUUGCAGAUAAUUGGGAAUUUGGUGAUUACGAUCAACAAUUUGGACUUCAAGUGGUGAAUAGAACAACACAAGAAAGGUACUAUAAGAAAAGUUUCUUCGAUAUUAUUCAAUAUUUCAAUGAUAGAUCUUAA